AUGGCUGAUAAAAGACCAAAUGAAUGGGUACAGCUCCUUUUGUCAAGGUUCGAUUCUCAGCUUCCCAUACGAACUGGGAUACAUACUGCUCAAUCAACACAAAAUAUGGAAAGAAAUAAAGAAUGUUUAGUGAAUGUUAGCAAGUAUAAAUUUUCACUUGUUAUAUCAGGAUUAACUAAAAUGCUUCAAAAUAUUGACAGUAUGCAAGUCUACGGACCAGAUGCAGAAAGAAAUUUUUGUGAUUCACUUCUUAUUGUAUUGGAAACAUUAGAAAAAUGUCUUACAUGUCAACCUCAUGAUACAUCUCGAUUAGAUGAAACUAUUUUAGUGAAAAAUUUACUUCAAGAACUAUUCAGAGUACGUAAUCUUGUAUUGAAUUUUAUGCAUUUAACAAGUGAUAAUGGAAAAAUGUAUAAUCAGCUAUUAUUACUGGUCUCACAAGUAUUGUAUGCUUUAAGUACUCAAUAUUUUAAUGCUGUAUUCAAUCGAAUACCGAAUUGUUUAGCUCUGGCUGCACAAGAUGAAUCCAAUGUUGAUCAAGCUAAUGAAUUGGAAUUGAUUCAACACUUGAAUUUAGAUAUGCGUAAAUUAUCACGACUUAUAGUUGAAAUUUGUAAUCGGUUCAGAUCUUUAAAAAAGUCAACUUGGUUACAUCUUGCAGUUUAUUUAGAAAGGGCUAUUUGGAACUGGUUAGAGAAUUAUCCCCAAGAAUUUGAUGAUUUGCAAAAGAAACCGAAUGAUGAAUUAGCCGAUUGUUGUGAACGUCUAUUUGAUUUGUUCUCAUCACUUUGCGCUGAGAGUGGUCGAAAAAAAGUUCUUGUCUGGCCAUUGCAAAUGAUGCUUUUAGUACUUUGUCCAAAAAUUCUAGAAGAGAUUAAUAAUGCUGAAAAUGGUGCACCAUUAUCCCCAGAACAUCAAAAAAAGAAACAAUUUCUAGAUGAAGUUCGUAAAGCUCUUGCUUCACAUGGCCAUGGAAGUAGUGGUAGUAAACCAGCGUUACUAGAGGCUGCAUUACUAGCCGCUGUUAAUUUAUGCAAAGCAUCAACGUAUAUCAAUAUAAAUGAUCGAAAUAAUAUUCUCUUCAUUCUCGUUCAUUCAGUGUAUGCAGACUUACAAAAUUUAUUAUUCAAUCCAAAUAAACCUUAUGUAAGAAAUAAUCAGAAUUUAGCAGAAAGUGAAUCAUUAUUAACUGAAUUUUUUGUCGCCUAUUUCCGUAUUACACCGCAUAAUAAAAAUCUCCUUAAAGUUUGCCUGCAAACAACAUCACCAGCUAUUUAUCAUACUGUACUUGUCUCUGGACUUUAUCGAAUUAUUACACAGUCACGUCUACCAUGGUGGCCUGAUGUAAGUCCAUUCUAUUCAAAGUCAACAGAAAUUCGUACAAUGUUCUUGGAAACAUUAAAUCGUGUCAAUCAUCAUCCACCCAUCCGAAUCACACAAAGUCUAACAUUCAGAGAUAAGAUGAAUCUAAAAAACAAAGAUAAAACAGAAGAUAAUUUGAUGAGUAAAUAUAAUUUACUGUUAAAUAUGGUUCGUUUAUUGAAUGCAAAUCCAUUAUUAAUGCUUUAUAGUCCACAGACACGUUCAAGUUCAGAUGCUCAGAAAGCAACAUUUGAUCUAAUGAAUGGUUUAAUGUCUUUAAUACAACAAUCUAUUAUGUCUGAUUUAGCCCAAGAGGCUAUGGAUGCUUUACUUUGUCUUCAUCAACCAGCCAACAUACGAUUAUGGAAUUUACAUUCACCAGCUCAAGCAUUUUGGGAAAUAAGCCCACAACUUUUGUACAGUAUUGCUCAGAAAUUAAUCAAUCGUAAUAUACCUAAUUCAUGUGAUGUAUUAAAGUGGUUAAGAGAAAUACUUGUAUGUCGUAUAAAAUUUCUUCAACAACACUGUGAUUAUGCUAAUUUAUCAGGAUGUUGUACACUGGGUUUAUUAACAUCCUCCAAUUUACCAACUGAUGGUGAUAUGAAUAAUACUAGUAUCAGUACAAGUGGAAAUAUAGGCGUUACUAAUUCUUUUACACUAAUCACUUCGACGACAACAACAACAACAAUAACAACCACUAUAUCCAGUCCAUCGGUUACAUCAACAAAUGCACAGACAAACGCAAAUUCAGGUAUGAAUUACACGGAUGGUGGCGUAUAUAUUGGUCCAGCUCCUGCAGGAAAGACAAACUCUCAAAGUGGCUCCUGCCUUAGCCCAUUUCUAGGGCCAUUAGGUAUUAAUCCAAAGAGAAAUCAAAUGGCUCUUAUCAAACUAGAAACUGUAUUUUUCACUUACUUAUGGUCACUUGAUUUGGAAGCUGUUUUAACUUCAAUGUCUUGUUUUCGACUACUUUGUCAAGAAGCUGAACUUUGGAGUAGCGCUACUGCCUUAGCUACAAUCACUUCUGCUUCAGAUGGAGAAUUUUUACAGCGUUCUGAUUGUGAAUGCUAUUCAACCAAUACAAAUGCAUCCACUACUAAUCCAUCAGGGACAUCAUACUGGGUGGAAAAUCCUAAAUUGAAUAGUUUGAAUGUGACAACACAUUCAUAUCAUGGUGAUAUAACUCGCAAGUCACCUCCUUUUACAAGUGAUUACAGGCUAGUUGUUCCAUCAGUUUCUGUCGAUCAAAGUCCAUCUAGCAGUACUCCAUCUGAAACAACAUGUAAACGCUUUCAAAACUCUUCAAGCUCUUAUGACACUGAAAAUCGUCGUUCAAAUUUACCUGGAUCUUGUAUUGCUUUAUGUAAUUGUGGAUGCCCUCUUUGUACUCCAGUUAAUUACCUUCCAGUGUGUACAAAUAUUGAUGGUAUUCCAGCAGCUAAUCGAUCCAUUCAAGAUUCAAACUCACAUUCCAAUUUCAGGAAUCCAAUCAAUUCCGACAGUAAUCCAACAUUUUGCUCUGAAUACUCAGAUGAUAAUACAACAAACUUUCUAAUACAUACAUCAAAUAAAAUUACAAAUCCUGUUUCUCAUACAACUAGCUCGUUAGGAAAAUCAUGUUUAUGGUCAUUACCGAUUCAAUGGGCACUUACUGAUUUUCGUCUUCCAGAUCUUUUACCAGUUUACAAUAUAUACGCUGAAAUUGCUGAACAUAGUCGAUCAAUAGUUACAACAGGUCGUGCUCAUUUACAAAAACAAAUUUUAGCCUUAUUACGAAAAAUUAAUCAUCAAACACAAGGAAAUAAGCUUGCUUGGGAACAUACUUAUAUGAUAUGGCUGAGAAGUACAAAGUUUCUUAUUAACUAUCCAAAAUCAAAAGCUUCUGUUCCACCUGGUGGAAGUGAAGAUCCAUGUUAUGAGUCUACUGCCAAUACUACAAACAAUACUUCAGUGAGUGGAUUUUCUCCAGCAUCUCUAGGUAGUUCACCAUCUAUAUCUAGUGGUUUGGACUCUAUAACAAAUUCAGUAGAUACUGCUGGAGUUGGUAUGAAUAUAGAUGGAUUCCCUUCUGUGGCAGGUUCAACUGGAAUGAUACUUACAAUGACGAAUACUUCUGGAGGUGUCUCAGCCUCUGGUAGUUCUACUGGAACAAGUCCAUUUACUGCUGGAAACGCAAGUACAAGUCGCUAUUUGGCUGUAAAACGUCGAGUUAGUCAACAGUCACCUGUAAACGAUCAUGAAAUUGAAGAUGUACUCAAUGAAUGGGCAAAUAUGACAGGAUUUUUAUGUGCACUGGGAUCUGUGGCCCUGAAUAUGCCACUACCUCAAGGAUCUACCGCAUUCUCGACGCAAACAUUAUCAUCAGUUUAUUCAUGCGAUCAAAGCAAAGUGAAAUCUUUACAAUCUCAUUGUCCACAUUAUCAUUAUUGUUCAUAUCAUUUAUUAGAUCAUGUACAUCAACAUUUUGAUCCAGCAUGCUUAGGAGCAAAUUACUUUCUACGAUCUCAUCGUACAAAUUUCAAUAAGAAUACAACUGACAUUGAUCAAACUGAUGAUAAUCAUAAUCUUAAUAAAUAUCAUACAUUUCAUGGUGCUUGUUUAAAUGAAUUAAAUAAUGUAAGACGUCUUUCAUUUGUUCAAUCUAGCUUAAAUCAAGAUAAUCAAUUCUCACCUGUAGCUCAGUUCAUAGGUAAUCUAUUAUUACUAAUUAGUUGUCAACAUGAAAAAUUUGGCCAUCAAAUACAAAAACACGUGAAAGAAUCUAUUGGUAAUGAAUUGAAUCCUUUAAUUUAUCCAAUUCUUUUCAAUCAAUUACGUAGUCAUGUGGAUGCAUGCUUUUCUGGGCAAGGACAACAACAAGUUGUUGUCACAGAGACAAAUACAUUAUUUAUUGAAAAUGUUAUCUUUAUUAUGCGUAGUAUACUGGAUAAACGUACAAAAUCUGUUGAUCGACUAAGUGAUCACUUGGAAUUGGUUAGUAUAGAAAGUUUAAUGUUAAAUAUCGUUAGGUAUGUUCGUCACCUAGAAUGUGUACAUUCUCUUCAAAUUAAGAUUAAAGUUUGUCAAUUAGUACAGAAAAUGAUGGCCCGACGUGAAGAUUUAGCAUUCAGACAGGAAAUGAGAUUUCGUAAUAAACUAGUAGAUUAUCUGUGUGAUUGGAUUAUGGGUAGCAGUUAUCAUCUGAAUCUUUCAGUGGAAACAAAUUACUCGACCAGUAAUUCUAUUGGCACAACAAUGACAGCCACUUCAGUCACAGGUGGUAAUUUUUCCAGUAUUCCUGGAGGUUCAAAUACUUCAGCAACUACCUCUCUUACAUCAGAGUUUCAUGAAAAUCUUCCUUUAUCCGAUAUGUCACUAUCAAAUCCAUCAGUCAUAGUUCCAACCGGAAUAAAUGUGCCCAUAAAUCAAACCCAGAAUAGUCUUGUCGGAAUGACAAAUUAUAAUAUACAAACAACUCCAUCAAAUUAUAUAUUUACUGCUGGAACUUGUGGAGUAGUUGCAAAUUAUGGUAGUUAUCAUGGUGGUACAGCUAGUUCUUUGAGUAAUCCGUAUGCCAACUUCUUUGCAUCGUCGAACUAUGGACCAGCCAAUUAUGCAUCUCAAGGACAAUCACCAAUCAACUUUGGAAAUCGGUCUGACUUCACUUGUCCUAAUUACUCAUGGGAUAGUUCUGCACUGAAUUUAGGUACUGGUAUCGGAUUGAUUGCUUAUGGUCAAUUUUCUAAUAGUCCAUUUCCACCUUAUUAUAAUACUACAGAAUUGACUAAUUUGAGCAAUAUACCACAUGGAAGUGUAGUCAGUAACCGUUCAAUAACUGAUGGAUUGAGCGUUAUGGGACAAAAUCACUCAUUAAGCGUUAUGAGUAACAAAUCAACUGGUUUGGUUGGUGCAUCUAAUCACAGCUACACAUCUUGCGGCAGUUCUUUAUCAACAGGAUCUAAUCUAUCGACAUUCAACCCAAUUAAUAUUCAAGGAAAUGUAUCAAAGAACGCUGGUUUUACACCGACGUUUAGUGGAGCAUAUACAUCAUAUCCUUUACAAUCUUCUACCGCUCAUGUUUCCUCAGGAUUAAGUAGUGUCAACUGUGGUUUGCAUACAUACACAAAUACUAAUUCACUUUAUAUGCCAACAGUUUCUAGUUCUGUAGUUUCAACUCUAAGUAGCGGAAGUGGUGUUUCUAAUCUUCCAAGUGUUUCCACAUCAGCAGGUAUAGUAGCACAGACUGCAGCUCAAACAAGAGAAUUAGAUUUAGCAUGUAUGGAAGCGGUAGCCGCAUUACUUCAUGGUAUGCCUCUACAACCAGAAGAAAUAGAUCGUGCUGAUUUAAUGGAUGCUAAAUCACAUUUAUUUGCAAAGUAUUUCUCACUUUUUAUGAAUUUGCUGAAUGACGUUGCUGAUGAUCGAGAGAAAGGUGCAGAAGUAAGACAGAAUCAUACAGCUCUACGCAAUGUGACAGUUCAAGCUAUGUCAAAUCUUUUAAAUGCUAAUAUAGAGUCUGGAUUAGUGCAUGCCAUAGGUUUAGGUUAUCAUAGAGAACCACAAAGUCGUGCUGCAUUUAUGGAAGUAUUGACUAAGAUUUUGCAACAAGGUACUGAAUUUGAAACUCUAGCAGAAACUGCAUUAGCUGAAAGAUAUGAACGUUUAGUGAAUUUAGUAACUAUGGUCGGUGAAAAUGGUGAACUACCGAUAGCUAUGGCUCUUACUCAAGUUGUCUCUUGCAAUAAUAUGGAUGAAUUGGCUCGAGUACUUGUUACAUUAUUUGAUGCUAAACAAUUACUUGAUCAAUUAUUCUUCAAUGUGUUUUCUAAAGAGCUGGAAUCAGCUGAUAGCAUGCAGACAUUGUUACGUGGGAAUACAAUGACAAGUAAAAUUAUGAAUUAUUGUUUUAAACAAUUUGGACGAGAUUACUUACAAUCAGUAUUAGGUCCUGUACUCAUGGAAUUAGUUAGACGAGACGCUGGCGAUUCAACUGCUUACAAAUCAUCCACUCCAUCAUCGAUGACAACAACAACAACAUAUCAUAAUACUACUAACCGUACUACAAAUAACCUCAGUAUUAAUAAUGAUGUUUCAGAUUGCAGUUAUACACAACAAUUAGGAAAAAUGUCAUUCACUGGUAAUAAUACUGAAUUGUUGUUAGAUGAUAUAACUAAAUUUCCUCAUACUACAUUGAAUUUAUCUUAUGAAGUAGAUCCUAGACGCUUACAACCAAAUGAAAAUUUAGAAGAUAAUCAGAAUAAUUUAAUUUUUGCAACUGAAUUAUUAUAUGAUAAACUCAUUAAAUCUGUGGACAGCUUCCCGUCUAGACUACGUUGUAUGUGUAGAUGCUUGUAUAAAUUAAUUGAUCAUUUAACCUAUGGGAAUCAAUCUAAUGAUCAAGCGUUGAAUAUAUUAUCAACAAUUGUAUUCUUACGUUUUAUUAAUCCAUCUGUUGUAUCACCAUAUGAAAGUGGUUUAUUGGAUUUUGAACCACCAAAUCGUGUAAAACGUGGACUAAUUCUAAUUGGUAAAAUGAUGCAGAAUAUUGCAAAUCAAUUAUUAUUUACUAAAGAAUCAUAUAUGCGUAUAUUUGAUUCAUUUCUACAAAAACAUUUUGAAUCAUGUAUACAAUUCUUUAAGACAAUUGUUGAGGAGUCUGCAAAACCUGACAAAUCAUUAGAUCCAUCUACAUUUAAUGGUUUACUAGACCCAUUAAUACAUAAUAAUAGUCAUUUAGUUGUCUCAUCUUCUUGGUUAUCUGGUGCAUAUCCAAAUUCUUCGACUGCAAAUCCUUUAGAGGCUAUCGUGCCUCUUACAAAUGAUAAUGUUUCAUCAAUGUCAGGUUGUACAAAUACAGGCGGUGGUGGUGGAGGCGGGAGUUGUAUGAUGUCCUUCAUUUCUGAUGACCUCAUGCAUGCUUUACAUCGAUUAUUGUUUACUAAUCAAAGUAAAAUUGGCGACUAUCUAGCCAAUAAUCGUGAUUGGAAAGCUGUUGGUCGACAACCAUUUGACAAAAUGGUAACAUUAUUAGCCCAUCUUGGUCCACCUGGCCAUAAAUCUGUUGAUUGUAUGUGGAAUUAUCUAGAAAUACCGUCAACACGAUUAGAAGAUUGGGUACUACGAGGUUAUCAAUUUAGAGAUAGUGAAGAAUUUAAGCAUUUAAAAAAUGUGAAUGCAUUCUAUCAAGCUGGUACCAGUCGACUUGGUAAUCCGGUGUUUUACUACAUUGCUAGACGAUAUAAAUCACGGGAAUAUCAACGUGUAGAAUAUCCAUUCAUUAUAUGUUUAGUUUCAAUGACUUUGGAUGCUUAUCGUAAUAAACCUUUUGAAGUGGUAAUUGAUUUCACUCAUGCAUCAGUGGAAAAUCGUUUUAAGAAUGACCUAUUAAACAAAUGGGCCAAUAUAAUUGGACCAGUGCUUCGUGAAUAUCUUGUUGCCGCUUAUAUAUAUAAUUGUAAUUCAUGGGUUCGAGAAUAUACUAAAGUACAUGAUCGAUUUUUCUCACCGCUAAAAGGCUCUAGAAAGCUAGUCUUUAUUGAUCAUCCUUCACGUUUAAAUGAAUAUAUUGAACCUGAUCAACAAAGACUUCCAGCAGGAACAUUAGUUCUAGAAGAAGAUCUACGUGUAUUCAACGGUGCUUUGAAGUUAUCCCAUAAAGAUACAAAAGUAGCUAUCAAGGUGUGUACUAACGCUAUUCAAGUUACUUCAACUGAAAAAACUAAGGUUCUUGGUCAUUCAGUUAUUUUAAAUGAUGUAUAUUACGCUUCAGAAAUUGAAGAAGUUUGCUUAGUUGAUAAUAAUCAAUUCACAUUAACCAUUUUGAAUGAUAAUGGUCCAUUAUCAUUUAUACAUGAUGCAUGUGAUUCUAUUGUUCAAGCUAUUAUUCAUAUACGCACUAGAUGGGCAUUAUCACAACCGGAUACACCAGCAAUUCAUGCAAAAAUUAGACCACGUGAUGUUCCUGGAACUUUACUGAAUAUAGCUUUACUCAAUCUAGGCAGUUCAGAUCCAAAUCUACGUUCAGCUGCAUAUAAUUUACUUUGUGCUUUGACACAAACAUUUAAUUUAAAAAUUGAAGGACAACUUUUAGAAACUACAGGUUUAUGUAUUCCUGGAAAUAAUACUUUAUUUAUUACUGAGAUAAGUAAUCGUUUAGCUCAAUUAGAACCACAUUUAACAUUAGAAUUUCUUGAAGAAUGUAUACAAGGCUUUAGUCGAUCAAGUAUUGAAAUGAAACAUUUAUGCUUAGAAUAUAUUACACCCUGGUUACCUAACUUAACACGUUUCUGUCGUUCAGAUGAUGCUAAAAGACAAAAAGUAAAUGUUAUAAUUGACAAGUUAAUUACUCUAACAAUUGAAGAAGAACAAAUGUAUCCAUCAAUUCAAAUAAAAAUUUGGGGCAAAUUAGGUCAAGUACCCCAACUUUUAGGACUUUGUGGUCUAGGCAGUUUACAAGCAGAAAUUAUGGCUGAUACAUCAGUAGCAUUGGCGGCAGCAAAUAAACAGCUUGUAUCAAAAAAAGUCCUAUCAAAGUUGUGUCGUUUUAUUGAAAAAACUUGCUCUGCUCCGACUACGUUACUGGAACAACAUCCGCUAUGGCCAGAAACUGCACCACUACUACGAUAUUUACUAAUGCUAUCAUUUAAUAACUGCCUGGAUAUAUGCACACAUUUACCUCGAUUAUUUCAUAUUGCUACUUUAUUGGUGUGUACUGGUCCACUUUCUCUACGAGCUUCAGUACAUGGAUUUGUGAUAAAUGUUAUUCAUUCUUUGUGUACAUCAUCUUUAGCUAAACAAUUAUCAGAAAAGACAGUUCAUCAACUUCGUCAACUUCUUGCAGAAUUCACUUUACCAAAAUUCUAUGAAGUAUUCGGUAUACAACAUGUUAAAUGUGCACCAAUAAGCGCAUUUCCACAUUUUCGUCCAGGUGAAAGAUCAGGUUUAAUUGCAUCCACUGGACUGAAUAACUCUUCUCAUACAGGUUCUAUAGCGUUAAAUAUACCACCUCCUUCAGGGUCAAUUAAUGUAGUCUCAAAUUUACAUCACAGUCAAGGUAGUAGUAGUAGUAGUAUUAGUAGUAAUUGUAGUGGUGGUACAUGUACAUCAAUCUCAGUUGAUGGUGUGGAAUUAAUGAAUGGAAAAAAAGAUUCAAAUUUACGAAAUUCUGAGAUUAAGAAACCGGAAUCGAAUCCUAAUUCUCAUCCUGUUUUAAUAAUGAUUGGUGGUAAUUAUGAUGAAACAACCGUUUGUCAGGAAAUAACAUCUGGUAUUGAACCAACUCAACACAAUAGACAAAUGAAUGAAUCCAAUGAUAAUUGUGCCAGAAAUCCAUACAGUCAUCAUCAUUAUCAUCAUCAUCAUCAUCAACAACAACAACAAUAUACGCGUCCUGUUGAAAUGUUCAAUUUGAAUUCUGGAAAUCGGAUAAAUGUAAAUUAUUCAGAUAAUUAUUCAUCCAGGUUAAAUCUAACUAGUCAUUAUGUUCCACAUAUUUUCAAUCCAUAUACAAAUAUACCAGGUUAUUUAUCUAAUCAACCAACAUCAUCACAAUUAUCUAUACCUUUAGAUGGUUUAGACAAAGCUGAACGUUUAUCAUUGAGUUCAUUGGAAUUUUUAACUGAUACUUUAUUAGAAGUAAUGAGUUUAGUUAUUAAAGAAGUACCGAAAUUUACUCAUUGGCUUGAUCAAUGGACACAAUUAGCACGAAAAUUUGCUUUUCAGCAUAAUCCAGCCUUACAACCACGUGCUAUCAUUGUACUUGGCUGUAUUUGUAAAAGUUUCACAGACACUGAUAUUAAACAAUUAUUGUGUAUCAUGUCUAGAGCAUUAGCAUCUUAUGCAAAUGAAUUGAAUAUGGAAAAAGAUUUAAGGCAUAGAACUGUAAAUACUGGACAAGCAGAAUUAUAUCUCAUUGAAGCGAUAAUUAUUUGUUUAACUCGACUUUUACCACUUCUACCAUCGGAUUCAGAAACACAUCAACCAUUAUUUUGGAUUGCAUUAGGCAUAUUACAAUUGGAUGAAGUCUCAUUGUAUGCAGCUGGUUUAGCUUUACUUGAACAAAACUUGUUAACUUUGGAUCAGAAUGGAACAUUUGAGCAUGAUUCACUCAGCACUAUAAUGAUGAGAUGUCGUGAACAAUUUAUUCUACAAUAUAAACAAAUGGAUCAUGCUGUAGGAUUAAGUUUUCGUGAUAGUUUUCAUUUUGCAUUAGUUGGUCAUUUAUUAAAAGGAUUUCGUCAUCCUGAUGCUAAGACAAUGGCACGAACUAUACGUGUAUUGAAUUUACUGUUAAGUAUUGUAGCAAAACCAAUUAAUCGAGAUAAAUAUCAAGUUAGUCAUGAGAGUAUAGCUUAUUUAACAGCCUUACUUCCUGUGUCUGAAGAAGUGAGAAAACGAUGCAGAUUAAAAUUUCGUAUCCCAGGAACACUUGUCAGUACAAAUGAACAAGAAUCACAAUAUCCAACUAGUCAGUUGAAUACUUCAUCAAAUAUUACAACUUCAACAAAGCAUCCAUCUUCUUUUACAAGUACAAUAUAUUCAAGUAAUAUUGAAUUAGUUGGAUCUGAUGAAAGUUUACUUGAUUCUUCAUCACAACAAUUGUCUAAUCAACGUGGACAUAAUUCAAUUAGUCUUAUCAAAGCAUUACUACCAAAUCCUUUGAUCCAAUCAAAUUUAUGUCAGAAAAAUAAUCGUUCACGUUUAGAAUUAAAUAGUACAAGCAAUUUUUCUGGGAAUAAUUUAUCACCAAUUGAUGUUAUUACACAUCAAUUACACCGUCCAAUAGCAUCAGAACGUCAAAUGAUCAAUAUGUCAACAGAAAUGAAUCAAGUUCAAAUGACUUAUCAACAAUUAUCUAAACGUCAACAAAGUACUGUAUCUACAAGAGAAAAUUUACGUUCACAUUCUAUCGAUGAUUGUAUAUCUCAUAAUACAGAACGUACACAUAUUGAAAAAUCUUGUAAUAUUUCAAAUCAAGUUAAAGAUAAAACAAUAGAUAGUCAAGUGAUUAAUAGUAAUGAAUUUGAUGAUAUUACUGAAGGACAUCAAAGAGAACAAUUAUUGUCACAUAGAGUAGAAACAGAACAAAAAACAGCUACUGGUGUACUUCUUGACCCAAGUAUUUUAACUGAUGAAGCAACACAAGCUUUAACUAUCGCUGUACUGACUACUCUGGUACGCUAUACAACUGAUGAGAAUGAAUCAAGAGUAUUAUAUGAAUUUUUAGCAGAUGCUUCUAUGGUUUUCCCACGUGUAUUCCCUGUAAUACACAGUCUGUUGGAUUCAAAAAUCAACUAUGUUCUCACACAUUGUCAUGAUCAGAAAAUUUUGAGUGCUGUCCAAAGUAUCAUACAGAAUAUGAUUAGUAAUGGGGAGACAUCUGUACAACAACUACAUUAUUUACAAAGUAUCGGUUUCGGUGGUCUCUGGAGGUUUUCUGGUCACUUCUCAAAGGCAAAUCAAAAUGCAGAUACUGCUCAAUUAUUUGUUAAUUUCCUCGAAGUAUUAAUUGAUUCUCAUUUGCCUGGAGAAGAUUUAAGAACAUCUUAUACACCAGUUAUAGGUUUAAGUAAUACAGGACGUGCUGGUAAUUUGUCCAGUGAUUCAUCCUUAAGUUUAUCCAGUGUACAUGGUCCUAUAAAUGAUAUAUCAACUGUUACUGGUACAGCUGUAGCUUCAGCUUCAGCUAUCUCUACUUCUCUAACUACCACUACUACAAAUGUUAAUAUUGAGCCUUCAACAAAUGGAGUUGAUAAGGAUGAACCUGUUUCAAUAUCAUCACUUACUUUAGUUAAUGUACCAUGCUUUCCGUCUAACAAUGAUCAUGAAGAAAGUAGAAACAGUUUAUCUACUAUUAGUACAAUAUCAAAAGAUCAACAAGAUUUACAAUCAGAAUAUUUUAUAGCAAGAAAAAGAUCUGGAUCAAAUGUCCGUGGUUUUGAGCACAUCAUUGAAUAA